AUGAUGGCAGACAAUUUUGAAGCUGGAAAUGAUUGCGAAGACCUGGUUUUUGAAGGAUCACCUUUAUCCAUGUACUUGCAGCAAAUUGGAAAUGACGACUUUUGCUCCUACACAUCAGAUUCAGUUCCUGUCUGCUCUGAAACAAGGCAGGAUCUGGAAAAGUUACCCUUGUCAGACACAAACACGAUUGUUCCUGAUAUUUCAUUAACUAACUUUUUCACAAAAUUUAAGCAGUAUUUGCGAAAAUCACUCGUAACAAACUAUUUCUCAGAGACAGAGUUAAAGACUACCAUAAAGACGAUUGAUAAGAAAAUGGCUGAUUCUGCAAGUGUUGUGAGUGGAAAUUACUUGGAAGAGGACAAGGACAGCAAUCAAGAAAGAUCUGAAGUCACCACUGUAGUUAAAGAUGAUGAAAAAAAGCAUCUAAGACCAUCCUUGAAGCAAAUGACCCUAAUGAUUCUUCAGUUCAGCAUUGCAUUAGGAUGUGCAGCUCAUUCAAACUUACUAUCAUCCCAAAUUCUUGUUCUGUCAUUGUUGAAUGCACUGAUUUUGGUCAUCACCAUAUGUCAUCUUUUGUACCAGUUUUAUAUUUCAAAACAGUUCACAUUCAUUUGUAAUGAUGCUAUCAAUACCACUGACAUGUUCACUCACAGUUCGGAAUCAAUUUGCAAAUGCUUUGACAAAUGUUUUCUAUUGAUAAGAGAAUGCGAAGUGAUUUCCAUGGGCUCCACUUUCUAUCAUCCAAGUAUGCCUGUAUUAAAGAUUGCUCCAAGGAAAAGAGGGAUGUGUAUAGCUCUGAGGAGAUGUAUGGCAAAAAAUUCUUUAAUUUACUUUGAAAGUAUGAAAAAAUUGGUUUUACAUUUAAUUAAUCAUUUGCCAGAUCAUCUUAAACUUUUGCAUCUUAAAGAUGGAAUUUGCAGUAUUGCAGUUGAGGAUAUAAUGUCUUCAUUUGACAAAGACUCUUAUUUAGAUGAAGGUGCCUUAACAUCAGCUAUGAUCAAAAGCUUGAUCUGUUUGACAAGGUCACAACUUUUUGAAAUGUUUCAAAUUAUAAGGCAAGUGCUGCAAAGGUUUCUUGAAACUGAAAAGUAUAAAGAGGAAAAACAGUUAUUGUCAUCCAUAGAGAGUGUAAUGAAACCUCUUAAAAUGGCUAUAACUAGAUCUGAGAGUGUGUUAAAAGAUAUGGAGUCAGUAUUCAUGUUUACCAAGGAAAACGAGUUUAUGGAAAAGAAAUACAUAAAGAAGACAAUGCUACCUUCUCAAAGAUUUCUUUGGGGUGUAAAAAUUGAUAGUUCAUUUCUUCAUUUGAAAUCAGCCACUGGUACUCUUCAGCAAAUAGAGAACAUUUUCAAAGCAGAUAGUUCUGAAGAAGUAUCUCUAGAUGCAGAUGUUGUUGCAAACAUGGACGAAAGCCAAAAAUCAAUGAUGAAGCAUUUAUUAGACAAUGUCAAAUGUGACCUCGAAGGAGCAAGAAGUUGUAUUAAUGAGAUAGAAGGAUUAUUCCAUAUGGCCAGCUUUGUAAAAAAUGAUGAAUGUGGUAAAAAUGACAUAGAUACAUUUGCUCCAUCCAACUCAAAUAUUUUGACUAUUUCACCAAACUUAGCAUUAGUGGAACCUGAAGGUGAUCUGUUCCUGGAGGCUAUCAGUGACCCAACCUAUGGAAGAAAUUCGACGGAAGAUAACAUGUUGCGCUUUGAAGAAGAACAGUGCAACCAACAGAUAAGGGAAAGCAAAAUGUUAAUGAGUGAACUGAAAAGAAUUUUUUCUUAUAAAAAAGAUCCAGUUGGAUUGUUACCAUUUGAUCUUGUAAAAAAGAGAUCAACAUCUCAUUCAAAUGAAGGUACCCAAAGUAGCAUAGAUAAUGUUAAUGAUUUUGAUAGUCAAAAUAUUGCAACUGAGAAAGAAGAAGUAGAAGACAGUUGUGAACAAGAUGAGGAGAACCAAGAAAAAUAUCCAGAUAGCUACUCUGGAAUUGGAAUAGAAAAGAGUAAUGAGUUUUCAAAUGAUAGAACGUUUGAACCUCCCAUUGGCAUUUUAGAUGACCUGAAGUUAGCCAUUUUGAAUAGGCAAGCAAAUAACAUGAUAUCUGAGCUUACAAUUGAAACAGAUACAUUUGAGAUGGAUGAUAUUGUAGAGUGA